GCAGACUGAGGAAUUGUUAGUUGCUGGUUAGGUGAGGGCGUGUGAAUUGGUGUGUUCCUACGGCUUUGUAAGCGCUCACUGGAACGAUUGCUAAAUUUAUAUAGGUCAUCUAGACACUCCUUGCAGAUUUGUGUUCGACAGGAGAUGAAAGGAGGCACACUUCUGAGUGUGUCUGAGGAGUGAAGAAGCAGGAGCGUCAGCGAGACAACCGACUGCGGGGAGUGUUGGACCCCAACACGCGGAAGAUGUCCAUCCCGGCCAAGCCGGAGAGGACUGUGUGCGUCCUGCUGCCCAACAAGGAGCAGCUGGAGGUCACCGUGGGGGCAAAAACGACAGGCCAGGAAGUGUUGAGCCACGUUUCUGAGCUGCUCGGACUGAAGGAGCUGCAUUUCUUCGGCCUGACUGUGGUGAAGGACAAUGAGCAUAUAUUUGUGGACUUGGAUGAAAAAGUGACCAAGUACUUCCCCAAAGAAUGGAGGCAAGACUCUGCGAAGGGGGCGCCGAGACGAGCACUGCCCCUGGUGUUCUGCCUGAAGGUGCAGUACUACGUGGAGAAUGGCCGGCUCAUCUGUGAUCGGAAGGCACGACGCCUGUAUUACUCGGACAUCCGUGAGCGUGUGCUGCGCUCUGAGUGCCGCCAGCAGGAGGCGCUGUAUUUCGAGCUGGCGGGCUACGCCCUGCAGGCUGACCUGCCGGACCACCCACAGCACUACAGGCCCAAUGAAGGAGGAGCAGCCUACUUCCAGCCUAAGGACUACUUCCCUCCCUGGAUCCUGGCGAAGCGUGGUGUCGAUUACCUCCUCCGGCACGGGCCCAAGCUGCACCGUGAGCUGCGGGGCAUGUCGUCCCGCGACGCCACUCUGCUCUUCAUCCGCGAGUCCUGCCGCCUCGAGGAUGUCCCCGUCACUUUCUACAGACUGCAGAAGGACAAGAAGGAGGAGAGGGGCUCGGCUCUGCUGGGCCUGACCCUGCGAGGAAUGCAGAUUUAUCAGGAGGCGAACAACGUGCGGCAGCUUAUCUAUGACUUCCCCUGGUUCAACGUGGGACGCCUCACCUUCCUGGGGAAGAAGUUUGAAAUCCAGCCGGACGGGCUGCCCUCUGCCAGGAAGCUGGUGUACUACACCGGCUCGCCUUUCCGCUCACGCCACCUGCUGCAGCACCUGAGCAACAGCCACCGGCUCUACAUGAACCUGCAGCCGGUACUGAGGCACUUGCGGCAGCUGGAGGAGAGCGAGGAAAAGAAGCGGUACCGGGAGUCUUACAUCAGCGACGACCUGGACCUGGACCCUGCGGGAAGCGACGGCAGCCCAGGCUUAUCCCGGCGCUCCACCACCAGCUCGGGCAUCGAGGUGGACACCCAGCAGCAGGGCUUGGCAGAGGGUCUCCCCAAACUCUUUGGCUUGGCUGCCAGCCACAACAGCUCCCACAGCUCUAGUAUCGACGUGGGCGGCAAGGCGCAGUCAGAGGAGGAGGAAGAGGCUGAGCUCAAUGUAGACGAGACCGAGGGGGUGUCUGUGGAUGACCCUGAGGAGAUACUGCGCCUAGCCCAGCUGCUGAAGGGCGUAUCAGUUGACUGCCCAGUCCUACCCUCUGAGACCGAACACGGAGACGGCACAGUGAAAUCUGCUGACACGCCAGACUGCCAGGUGAAACUGCGAAGCGCAGACCCCCUGCAAGAGGUGCUGAAGCAGAAGGCUUGGGUCGCUGUUGACCGGCACAGCCAAAGCCUGGAUGACGUACGCCUGAUCAAGCAGCCUCCCCGCUUCGGCACUUCCCAUCUGCUUGAUACUUCCCACAGCUUCACCUUCGGGCUGCCGAAGUCCCAGUUGGACUCCCCCGUGGGCCACAGCUACUACCCGGCCGAGAACUCUGGCAAAACCACCUUCUACGGCCGAAGGUCCACAAACUGCCUGUCUCUGGACACACUGGGGGAUGAGCAACUGCUGGAAUUUAUUUUGUGAGCACUGGAAGACACUGUUGUAGCUUGGAGGCCAUCGCUUUCACUACUGCAUCCGGCGAGAGCCGGGAACUGUUGUAGGUGUGACAGGGACACACUGUGAGGACGUGUGCGCGCGUGUGGCUUUGAAAGGAAGCCGACCCUUGUUCAUCAGACGAGCCACAAUCACCAUUGUGUUUCCAGGUGUUUCCACUUAGGACUGUAACCUAAUGGACAAAUUAUACUGUGAAAGAGAGGCUUUGUUGUUGCCUUGAUACAGUGGUUUAAAUUCAAGUAAUCUAUACAUUUGAACAUGCAGGAGGAAGCUUGUGUUGUGUGAAUUAUACGUGGAUGGCUGGUCACCAUGUACCUCCCACGACACGCUUUGUAUUGACUCUUUGUAUUUAUGUGUGUUUCAGUGUUUUUUUUUUUCCAGUAAUUCAUAUUCUUCAUAAUUGCAUGUAUUUUUUUUAUGUAGUCAUGUUUCAACGAAUUGAUAGUUUCAAUUUCCUACUAAUAUGAAACCCACCAUUAACAAAUUAAAAAAGCAUUGCUUACUGGAUGGAAUUGCAUUUGGUAAUUGCAAGUUGUCAUGGCGAACCGCACAUAGCAUCGCAUGCAGAUGGCUACAUAGAGAGCCACAGCAGAUCGGUUUAUGUGUGAUUCUGUUCAGUGCUCUCAAAGGUUUUGAUGGUUACCACUGCCUGACAUUGUCUACUCCUUCUGGGUGGUGUCACUGUUAAUUAAUAUUUGUAAUAAUGCAAUAAUGGGAAAAUGAUACCUUGUUUCUUCCAUAGGUCUACUUCAUCUGUGCCCUUUCAUUUAACGACAAUAUUGAUAGACUGUACUUUUGUCACUGUUAAUCAUUAUGUCAGUAUUGGAGAAGUCGAUAAAGAUUUCAGAUUUCACUUGUCUGUUUUCCUGCCAUUGAGAAAGUGCGUUUAAUGCGUCGAUGCCGCAAAUGUCUGCAGGUCUCCCUAGAACUAUCCAUACAUGUGAAAUUUCUCUUCCCGGAAUUAAUUCUUUCUUAUUCUUUUUAAUACCAUAAUAACAUUAUUUAUUGAUAACUGAUUAAAGCAUUCAUUGUUGUAAUGAAUGAUACCAUCACCCUUAUGGAUUAUUGUUAUUGCCAGUAUUAAGUAUGUUAACACUGACAUUGACACGUAAUCUUUUUUUUAUUACUGUUUUGUAUUUUUUAAUAUUCUAUUGUACCUAAUCUUCAUCAUUGUGCAAAGUUUGCACAAUCUAUAUUAAUGUGUUGUAUACAAAAUUUAUAUGUACAGACCUGAGGCCCCUUGCAGUUAUUUUUCUCCACAUUUGUCCUGAAUUGGAAAUCAAACAUUAUUUCCGUUACAGACAAAAGUCAGGUUUACUAUAUUUCCACCCUUUUUGUUUACAUAUACGUUUAUUUUAUAUAGCUCUGUAUCCUAGAAUGUAAACCUGGUCUUAACCCAGUGUACUUGCAGCUGGGGUGUUUGGAUAUUUCAACUCAACUCAAACUUUGUAUCUUCUCCUUUCAGUGAAAGGCAACCAGAUUUAGGAGCCGAUUAUAUAAUAAAUGACUGUGGAAAAAC